AUGACUAGCGGUGUUUCGCCCACGAGUGACGUCCUACUGUAUUUCUUGGCUAUAAUCAUUCCCCCCUUGCCUGUAUUCUUCAAGCGAGGACUUACCGCUGGCGAGUCUCUCGAGUCCUAUUUCUGGAUCAACAUCCUGUUGUGGAUCUUGGGAUGGAUCCCCGGUAUCAUUCACGCCUGGUACAUUAUCUCGAGGAGUGAAGGUGUCAUGCGGUAG